GAAGUCGAAAUCGCCUCUCUGGUUCCUCGGAGAGGCUAGUGGCGGCGGAGUGAGCGUGGACGGUGGCGCGAAGGGCGGCGCGCAAGGCGGCGCGCCUGCAGCAGCGAAGGGGCCCGAGUCGCGCGUGUACGACGCGACGGCCGUUGGCGAGCCGGCGCUGAUGGGCGAAGGGCGUCUGGGCAGGCGGCGGCGCGGGUGGUUUACUUAGGGGAAGCCGAGAUGGUCCGCGAUCCGACGGACAAGGUUGUGGCUCUGGAAAUCGUGCGCCGAUUAAGAGACGAUUGCUUCAAGGCGGGCCGCCCCGUCACGCUCGCGCUCUCCGCGUUUCCGCGAACCACGCAGCCGCUGCUCGACAAGUAUCUCGGCAAGAGGCUGUCAGAAGAGGACCUCCAGGUGGCGGUCAGCCAUUGGUCGAAGGGGCGGUUUGAGGAGAUGGUUCCGCUGCUGCGGUACUGCCGCGAUUCGGGCGUCCGCCUCUUCGCGUGCGGCGUGCCUCCCAAGAUCCUGCGUACGGUGCAGGCUGGCGGCGUGCAGGCCCUGGCUCCCAUCGACCGCCAGCGCUACGCCCCGCCCCUCGGCGGCUUCGCCCCUCCCUCCCCCACCUCCUCCUCUCUCCCCUCCGCGACAACUGACCCACCGAGCGCCACUGCAGCAGGCGCUACUGGCGCUACUGGAUCCGGCCUGUGGGGCCUGGAGCCGGCGGCGGUGGCGGCGGAGGUGUAUUCGAGGGAGGCGGCCAUGGCGGACGGUGGGAUUGUCGGCCUGCUGGUGGUGCUCACGGGGGCGUCGCAAGUGCGGUACGGAGCGCAAGGGACCGGCCCGGGAUGUGCACGCACAACUGUUUCGACCGGGCAGAAAUCGCGCGCGUCAUGGGGGCAGCCGGGAGAACUUUUGACAACCUGCCCCCAGGACCUACAAACGGGGAUAGAGCGCGGGCUGAUCUCCCCAGACACCCUUCGGUCCUUCUUCGAGCUCGAGAGCCACCCGCUGGUCGCCGAAGCGACCAAAAGGUUCCAAGGGUUGAGGGAGAGAGUGUACGCCGACCCGCGGUUUCUCCAGCGGAUUGUGACUGAGGAGGCGAUCAGUAUUACCACGGCGAUGCUGGCGCAGUGGGAGAAGCGGCGCGAGCGGUUCUGGUCGGAGAUCGAGUACGUGGCGACCGACGUGCUGCGCGGCACUAUUGUCAACUUCUUCACGGUGUGGCUGCCCGCCCCCACCCUCUCCUUCACCUCCUCUACUGCUGUCUCCACACUAGCCGGCUCAGCAGCAGCCGGAGCAGCAGCAGGGGCGGCAGGGGCGGCGGGGGCGGCGCAGGGGCCGGUGCAGCAGGCGCUGGGGGGAGAGAGGCUGGCGUCCAUCCUCUUUACAAGCGGGAAGCUGUUCACUGUUGGGUUUUCGGCGAGUGUGGGCACUGUAGCGCUGAACAAUCUCUUUAUGGAGGUGAAGAACCGGCUCGCGGACAUGUCUGCUGCUGCUGGUGCUGCUGGUGCUGCUGCUGGUGGCAAUGCGUCUGCUGUGCUUCCUGCUGCUGCUUCUAGCAGUGGUGUGGUGCAGCGGUCGCCUGUGCUGAAGACAGCAGCGGUGUACGGUGGCUUCCUGGCGACGUCAGCCAACCUCCGCUACCAGGUGAUAGGAGGGGUGGUGGAGCACUGGAUUGCCGACUACUACCUGGCAGCCAACCCCAUGGCGGGUGCGGCGCUGUCCUUCGUGGCCCGCACCGUCAACUCCUACUGGGGCACGUCCCAGUGGGUCGACCUCGCCCGCUUCUGCGGCCUCCAAACCACUGCCUCCCAGUCCUCUUCCUCUUCUGACGCUGCUUCUGCCAACGCGUUACCAGCAGCAUCAGCAGAAGCAGCAGCAACAGCAGCGGCAGAAGCGGCAGCAGCGUCAGCAGCAGCAGCAGCAGCGUUGGAGCAGGCAUACUCGGCGUCCCCCUCAGGCUUCCCUGCGCUGACCCCAAUCCCCGUGCUGGUCAACUCUCCCCUCUACGCUGCUGCCAGUGCCGGCGUUCCUGCCUUUGAGGCCUGGCAGUAUGCCGCGCCUGCCGCUGCUGCCAGCUGAAGCUGCAGCCGACAGGGCCGUGGCUGCUGAGAGGGUAGCAGCAGCAGAAGCAGCAGCAGAAGUGGCGGAAGUUGUGGCCGAGAAAGCAGCAGCAGCAAAAGCUGCAGCUGAGGAAUCGGUCGAAGCUGGAAUCACUUGUACAAGAUGACUCUGAUUCGGAGCUCCUCCCCUUGGGAAUACCCGCUCUCCCCGAGCAAAUCUCCUCUUUCUCUGUCUCAGAAUCGGGCGAAGCUCUCUCCCCUGCGACUGCAGCCCAAUUGCUUGAGGAGCCGCACCAGGCAAGCUGCUACUGACGCUCUUGUUGACUCACCCCAGGAGUCGUUGCUCGGAGUGCUUGCAGAGACAGAAGCAACGGGGGUUCAAGACAAAGACGCCUUGUUUGAGGCGGUGGAGCUGUCGGUGCCUCCUCUCCCCCCAUGGCGCGCUGAUCUCUCUCGAGCCCGUGUCAAUGUCAGGGGAAGUUGAGUUGCUGCCUUCCCUGGGAUGACUCCGUCUCCCCUCAGUUCCCUAGUCUUGAUUCGGUGCCUCUGGCCGAUGCCCUUUCCUAUCUCGACUCCCUUCCUACUCUCGAUUCUCUCCCUUCGCUGACUCCAAUCCCCUCUCUUGACUCGCUUGCUCGUGUGACUCGCGUUCCGAGAGUAAGCCAUUGGAUGCGGAGGACGAGGCAGUAUCAGCGUCGGUCAUUGAACCCGGGGUCGUGAUGGUGGCUGUGGAUGAUCCUGCUGUGGCAGUGCUGGGUGUGCAGUCGGCCCUCUGUUCUCACAGCAGCAGCAGUGCCAGCAGCAGCAGCAGCAGCAGCAGCAGCAGCAGGAGCGGGGUCGGAGCCAGCAGCGGUUUUGAAAGCUCUGGGCUCUACGCCAGGUGAUGAGAAAUUCUGCCCGCCGCGGGAUGCAGUGGCGCGUGAGCAUGAGAUGGUGGGGGGGGGGGUGUGAGAGUGAGAGUGAGAUUGAGUGCGGAAUGGGUGGAGUGGGUGGAGUGGGCAAGUGUGGUUUGAGUGCAUGGUACUGCUGGUUGGCGGGGUGCAUCUGUACGUAAUGGCAUAUCAGUUGCAGCAGAAGCAGCGGCUGGGAUGCAUGGGCUGGCACGCAGCAGACGGACGAGGAUAGAGAGUAGGUGAACCAGACGCAGGAAACCGCCAGGGGUAUGCUGCUUGAUGAAGUAGCACACCCCUGCAAGGUAAGUGGCUGGAUGCAGCCGUGGGCACGUAGCAGCAGCAAUGGAGGGGAAGGAUGAGGCUGUAGCAGCAGGCUGUGGGUUUCAGCAGCUGUGGCUUCAGCAGCUGUGGCUUCAGCAGCAGAAGCUGCUGAAGGGGCAGCAGCAGAGGCAAUGGAUGCCCUAGCAGCAGUGUCAGGGUUGAUUCUUGGCACGUGUAUGUGCAGCAGGAGGGCAAGGAGCAGGCUGGAGGGUGCGACCGGAUGUGCACUGCACUCGGGUCUACGGAUGAGUCAAUUCUCAAGUCUCUACAAGCUGGGACUUAGUCUCUGCAAAAGAUCCUAAGGGCCUUUCUCAGCCCAAUAACAGGGAACCUCGCGUCUAAGGCGAGGUUAGUCUGACGCGGGGCUGUAGGAAUUUGCCCUCACUGUAUAUCUACAAAAUGUACAAGGUAUGGGCGUUAUAUCAAAGUGAGAAAGAAUGACAGACAUA